UCAAAAGAGGGGGAGAGACAACAAUGCCUUCGAGUCAGAGGAGCAGGAUGAGAUGUUUACUGAAGUGGACAGUGCUACCGAAGUUGCAGACGAAGUACACGAAAAGACAGACCAUCAUGACAAAAGCUUGCUAGAGAAGAAAUAUGAGGCCUUCCAGGGCUAUUUGGCAGAGCACAAAGACCAGAUCUGCCUGAUUGUCAGCCUGGUUAUAAUGGCAGGCUUCGUUGCCAUAGUGAUAGCGGCAUGUGUCCUGAACUUCAACCGAGCUGUCGAGAUGGUGGUCAUCUCCUUGGUAACCGUACUCUUCCUGGCCUGGGAUUGGAUGAUGAAAUGCUAUGGCGACUGGGUGUGGAAGGAGCUCUCUCCGAUCAGAGACGUUCUCCACAGAAACUGGUUUUGGAUCAGAUGGAUAGUGUGCGUGUCCCUGCUGGGCGCCGUGGUGGGCUGGCUGGCUCUGGACACAGCCAAGCGAGGGACCAGACAGUUUAUGUCUUUCUUUGGUUUGCUGCUCCUCAUCUUCUUCAUGUUGAUGUUCUCAAAACACCCAUUCAGGUGGUGUUGGCAAACUUUGUUAUGCGGGAUCGCGCUACAGUUUGUCUUCGGUCUGCUGAUCCUCAGGAGCCCUUUUGGAUUAGUUGGAAUUGAAUGGCUCGGAAAAAAAGCAGAGACAUUUAUGUCAUUCGCAGAUGCUGGGUCUAAGUUUGUGUUUGGUCCCAAUUAUAUAGACCACUUCUUCGUCUUCAAGGUGAUGCCUAUAUUGGUUUUUAUAAGCUCUGUCAUCUCCAUCCUCUUCUACGUUGGCUUCAUGCCCUGGCUUGUUGGCAAGAUUGGAUUCAUAAUGCAGGUUACCAUGGCAACAUCACCAGCAGAAUCAACGGCUGCUGCUGGAAACCUAUUCUUGGGACAGACGGAGUCCCCGCUCUUGAUUCGUCCGUACAUCAGUGAGCUAACCUGCUCCGAGAUCCACGCUGUGAUGACAGCGGGCUUUGCCAGCGUCUCUGGUACCGUUUUGGGAGCCUACAUCUCCUUUGGGGUUGACGCAACACACUUGUUGACAGCAACCGCGAUGUCCGUUCCAGGCUCCCUGGCCAUCGCCAAGACGUUCUGGCCUGAAACAGAGACCCCCAGAGUAACAGCCAGCAAUAUCCUUCAAAUCAAACAUGGAGACAGUAAGAACGUGUUUGAGGCGGCAUCCCAAGGUGCAUCUCUUGCUGCUGGUGCCGUGGCCCACAUAGUUGCUAACCUCAUAGCCUUCCUGUCCCUGUUGGCUUUUGUUGAUGCGGCGCUCUCCUGGCUGGGAGGGAUGUUGGAUUGUCCGCAGCUCAGCUUCUCGCUCAUCUGCUCGUACGUGUUCAUGCCUCUUUCCUUCGUGAUGGGUGUUUCCUGGGAGGACAGUUUCAUUGUUGCUGAACUCAUUGGCUUAAAAACAUUCAUCAAUGAAUUUAUUGCUUAUCAGAAGUUGUCGGAAUUCAUUAAGAGACGGAAAGCAGGAGGCCCAGAAUAUGUGGGCCAUGUAAAGCAGUAUAUUUCUGUCCACUCUGAAACAAUUGCCACCUACGCUUUGUGUGGAUUUUCCAACUUCGCUUCCAUGGGUUUGGCGAUUGGACUGCUGUCAUCCUUGGCCCCAAAUAGAAAGACAGACAUUUCCAGUUGUGCCCUCAGAGCUCUGAUUGCAGGCAGUGUCUCCUGUUUUAUGACAGCUUGUAUUGCAGGUAUGUUGUACAUCCCUGAUCUUCAGUGCCCACAUUUCCUGAGCACAGAGUUCAUCAAUGUCAAUGUGACCAGCAGCGUACAACUGGUCACCUGCUGCACACAACUAUAUAACAGUGUGACGGUGUAUGAGUCCUGGAACGUGACGUCUGGAGAAGGAUUCAGUCAGAGCAGCCUGCAACACUGCUGUGCUCUCACACCCGCCACACACUUCAACUGCAGCCUGGUGCUCUGAAUCACCGUGAAUACAACAACAUACACCUCAAUGGUAGUGAGCCCUGUAAUGAGUAUUUUCUUUGU